AUGGCGAGUCAGAUCAGCGGCGUUGGGCUCGUGGAAGGAGGUCGCGCGAUGCAUCUUCCUCAUGCGAAACUCGGCACGGACGACGCGUGCCGCGCGGCAGGGCGAGAAGGUCAGGCCCCUGCAGCCGCGCCGGUCGCACCGCAUGCGGCGGCUGAGCUCCAGUCCUCCGUCCCAUGCGAUGAGAGCCGAGUCGCAGCGCGCCCGUCCACCCGAGAAACCUCUUCAACGCCCUCGUCGACUUCAACGACGGAAGCCGAAGGGUCGGAGGAACUCCUGCCGUCAGCCAAGAGCCCUGCAGAUUCUCCCCAGUCGCUGGAGACUCACGAGGCGACCGCGUCCCCCGGUGUAGGCGGCCCUUCAGAGUCCUCGCUACUCACGGGACACCUCGUGAAUGUGCGCAGCUGCCAGAUGCCGGACGACGCGCGAUCCUGUGGUGCCGAUUCCCAGGCGGCAACCAGCCCUCUCUCAGAUCCCCCCUUCGAGGCGGACUCCGCUAAAGCCCUGCCCGCCACUGCGCGCGAGGAGACCGGCGGCGGCCCAGCGUCAUCGUCUGAGGAGACUUCGGCGAAUCUUCAGGGAUGGCCCUCGCCGUCGUCGCUUUUAACUCACUCGCUGUCGCUGCCGCAGCCCGUGUUCGCGACCGCCCCCUCGCUGGCUGCGCUCGAAUCUGCAGAGACGACGCCCACGUCGUCUGUCUCACCCUCUUCAGUCUCGCAGAUCGCGAACUUGUCCCGCAGCUCACUGCUGCUUCUGGGCAGCCUCACCCCGCAUCAGCAGCUCGCGGCGCUCGUGGGCGCGGCGAGCGGCGGAGCCUGCGCCGCGCACUUGGGCUCCGCGGGCGGGGGGACCUCCCCAAAGGGCCUGGCCAUUGACUGGCAGGCUGUGCUGGCGGGAGCCUCGGCCGACGACGCCUCUGCAGCCUGCAGCCCGCUUCGAAGGAGUUCCUGCCUCAGCUCGCGGACCUACACGCGCGCGUCGUCUACCAUCUCGCUCUCUCCUGAGUCGACUGUCAAGCGCCGAAAAACGAGCACUGGUGAAGUGUGCGACGCCGACGGCGCGGCUCCGCCGUCGUCUUUGCCCUCGCCCCUUUCCGCGGCCGCCCCUCAAAACUCUCUGCUUUCUAUGUUUGCAUCUUCGCUCGCUUCGACUUCUCCGCUUCAUUUCGCGACUCCUCCGCCGCCCGCGCUGGGCGCGACUCGCGCAGAUGCCGCAGGAAACAGUCUCGGGUGCCAUGUGGCGACCCUCUCGCCCUCUUUGCUUUCUUGUUUGUCUUCGUCUCUAGCCGCCUCGGCCUCGCCUGCCGCCCCCACGGUGACCGCCGCCGAUCUGCUCUCCGCGGCUCUUCAGCAACGGCAACUGGAAACUGCCGCGCUGCUGUCCUACGCGGCCUCUUCGUGCUCGCUGUCUCCCGCGCUCUCCGCCGACCUCGCGUCCCUCCCCGCGUCUGCCUGGUUGCGUGCGCAGAGGUCCCCCCCAGCCGCCGCUUCGCCGGUCUCUGCGGCGGCUGCCACUGCGCCCAAAGCGCCUGCGUGCCGCGCCUCGGAGUCGGCCGCAGGCUCGCAGGAGCCUGGCGCGGACGUGGAGGCGGCGCUCGCGCUGCUGCAGCAGAAUCCGCACCUCCUCGCGGAGCUCUCGCGACUCUCGAGCCCCGCGGCGCCUCCCAAGGACGCCGCGGGUCGCGGAGCCCUGCUGGAGGCCCAGACGCCUCCGGAGUCGAGCCGAGAGGGCGCUGCGCAGCAGGCUGACGCGGCGGCGCCGGACGAGCAGCAGCCCGCCGACCGGGAGAUCUACGUCCACCGCGUGCGCAGGAGCCCGGAGGGCGCCAAGCCGGAUGACAAGGUCCGCCUACGCGCCUUGAGCAAGGGCGUUCCAGUGCCCUCUGCAGCGUCGCCUGGCGCGACGCUCGGUGAGGACUUCGCGGCUCGCGCGCGCCAGUGUGAGCACGUGCCAGGUGUCUGCUUCGACCGCUGGAACCAGGGCUGGAUCGCGACCUGGCGCGAGCAUCGGCGGCCUGUCCACAAGCAUUUUUCCGCAAAGAAAUAUGGCUUUGAAGAGGCGCGCGCGCUCGCCAUUGAACACCGGCAGCUCAUGGUGGCCAAGCAGCAGGAGCAGCAGGCCGCUGCGCAGACCGAGUUCUCGACUUCGCUGUCCGCGUCAGUCGACGCCCUCACCCCUCAGCGCAGAGGCUGCAAGUCGCCAGACGGUAGCGGCGCAGCCGCCACCCUGACGGGCUCCUAUGAGAGUGCGCGCGUAGGCCAGAGCAGGCUUCAAGGCGAGAAGGCGCCGGGGGCGAGGGGCGACCUCGCUGCGAACGCAAGCCUCGAGACCCCGCGAAAAAACAGACCCGCCGGCGGCGCAGCGCCUCGCGACGCAUCCGUCCCCAGCGGCGCAGUUGCAGAGCGGCUCAGUGGCGCUGGAGGAGAGAAGGCUGGGGGCGGAGAGCUGAGCUGGAGCCAGCUCGUCGCUCGCAUGCCGAGAGUCGAGCGCGUGAGCUUCGACUUCACAAAUCAGAGUUGGAUCGCGCAGUGGAAGCAACAGGGCUGCACGACGUACCGCCGUUUCUCGGUCUCCAAGUUCGGCUUUUACGGGGCGCAUCGGCUCGCGGUUGAGUUCAAGCAGCAGAACUACCACCCUGUCGCCUCGCAGAAGCCAGCCGCCAGCGCGGAGAGCUUAGCCGCUCUCUCGUCUACGUCGCCGCUGACCGCGCGCUCGACUCGCACUGCCGACGACAGGCUCGCCUCCUCGCGGACUCCGAGUCUCGCAAGGCGCCAGAACUUGGCGAAGGGCCGCCGCGCCGGCGCGCCGGGCGAGCUCGUUCAGGGCGUCAUCCCUGUGAGAAGCGAGGAGGUCGCGAUGAACGCCGCGGCAGGUGUGCUGCGCGGUCCGCUCGCGUCUGAACUGCCCAGCGUGCCCCGUCGCGGCAUCGCGGAAGGCAAAACAGGGACCAAGACAGAAACCAACCCUUUUUCCCCUUCCUGCGGCGCGUUCCCGGUCCCUCUGGCGGGCCUCUCGCCCUCCGCGUACGCUCAGGUUCUCUCUGGCUCGUUCCUCAGCGACGCCGCGGCCGCGGUGCGCAGCCCGUUGCAGCAGCGGCAGCUCGCCUCGCGGGACGGGGCGGACCCCGAUCAGCCCGUGGAGGCGGGGAGCACGCAGGCCUCCAGCGGGGCGGAUUCGCCCAUCGUGGCGGAUCUGCAUCCAGGGGGGUCGAAGAACUCUGCGGUGGUGCCCCCCCCCUCUGUGAAUGAAGCAGCGGCCUGCAUGGCUUCAGGGCCCAAUGUGCACUCAGAGACGCCGUCUCCGGUGCAAUCUAGCUCGCUUCCUCUCUCCACCUGGCACUCGGCACGGCAGGCCUCGCCGCUGGGGCGUCACCCGGAGACGCCCGCGGGCGCCGACUGCGAAGUGGACGCCGAGCCGCGCGACUCCCCCGCGCCCCUUUCAUCCUUUGCGCACCUGCCGGCGUCGCUCGCGUCGCUGCUGUCCUCAUCUACGCUGCCCGCCUGUCUGCCGGCGAGCGUGACGCCGACGACGCGCCGUGGACGAGCCAGCCCAAGUCCCGCGUCGCGCGCGUCUCAGAAACGCCCUCGAGAGGCCAGGGAGCAGGAGGCUCGCCACGCGCUGGAGUCUCCCGCGGCCCUGACCCGCGGCCUCGCCGCGAGUUUUGCGUCUGCGGUCUGUCCAGGGGGACCUACGCCGGGCCUGGCCAGUAGAGGAAAGCCUACAGCUGCGGGCGAGUCCGCAGGCAGGGUCGUGAGCUCCUCCAUGACAACUGCUCCCCACGAAGAUGACGCCAGCGGCUCCAACGCAUGGCUGGGGCUUCCUACCCCGUUCGCGGCGACCCCCGGAGACCCCGCUCUCGCGCACGCGUCGCGCUGGCCAUCUCUGGCCUCGCAGUGCGUGUCGGGCGCCGCGUCGUUCCCUUCCGAGUCGCAGGCGGCAUCUGUCCCUGCGCCGCAGGAGGGCGACGACGCGGCGGCGGCGCUGCGUCUAUACAAGAUUGCGGUGUACUGCAUGCUCACGGACCUGAAGACAAACUGCCUGGGAACGGUGUUUGCCUCGCUGCCCCAUACGGGCGAGAAGGAGGCGGCCUCGCUGAUUCAGCCCUCCGUGGAGCUGCUGGAUCACCACAUCCAGCGCGUAACCGGCGCCACUGGUCUCGAGCAGGUGGCGGCGUACGGGAACAUAUUCUUCGGCUGUCUAAAGGCCUCCUCGCUGCCCAGUUCGUAUUCCGGCAGCGAGCAGGCGGCCUUCCUCACCGCGCUAGCGAAGAUGGAGGGCGGACCUGCAGACGCAGGGGCGCAAGCGGGGGUACCCGAAGUGCAGCUGGGCGGCCGCGCGGCGCAGGACCAGACAGAAGCGCAGAGACGAGAAGAAGCGUGCGUGGCGAUCUAA